AUGGCCGAAAGACAAAUCCAGCAGAUCAUCACCCAGAUCAAGGGCGCUUCUUCCUACGAACAAGCCUUGUCCCUCCUCUCAAAAGCCAAGCUCUCAUUAUUGCAGGCCAAGGCCCUGACACCUACACCUUCAACCCCGUCCAGCCUUCUGUCACUCGCUCGGGAUGUCUAUGAGCUCGGCGCUCUAGCGUCCAUCCGCGCAAGGAAUCCCGAGGGUUUCACCCGAUACGUCCAGCAAUUGCAGCCCUUCUACGAACUUCCUUCCAGUCAGCUCAAGCCCAACCCCGAUGGACGGAACAAGAUCACCGGACUGUACCUCCUGCUCCUCCUGACCCAAGGCCGCUACGACGUCUUCCACAGUGAGCUGGAGAGCUUGAGUAUGCGUGUUGGCAAUGGAGGCUUCGAGGCUAUCGAGGCCGAUCGCUAUCUCGGAUAUCCCAUCAAGCUGGAGAGAUGGCUGAUGGAGGGAAGCUAUGACCGUGUGUGGAAGGCCAUGAAGAAGGGAGAGGUGCCGAGUGAGGAAUUUGGUGUCUUCUCCGAGAUUCUCACAUCACAAAUUCGUUCCGAAAUCGCCUCGUCUUCGGAACGCGCAUACCCCUCCCUACCACUGAGUAGCACAAAGUCGCUUCUCUUCCUCGAAUCUGAAGGUGCUGUAAUCGAGUUUGCCCGCCAGCGCGGCUGGGUGAUUCGUGAUGGUCAGAUCUACUUCCCAGCUGCCGAGGCCGAGGACGCCGAGGAGAAGGAUGUUUCGCAGAUGAUCAUCGAGAACACGCUUGGAUACGCUCGAGAGUUGGAGACAAUUGUCUGA